AUGUGUUUCCAAAUCCCCUUCACUCCCGCCAUCUGCCGCACUUGUGGCUCUACCAAGCCGAUCCCUGAUGAAAAGAUUCGUUGCCCCACGGCUCAAGAGCUGGGUAUCGAAUUCGAAGAUGACUAUGCCAACAAGUGCCCCAAUGGAGUGAGAACCAUCACGGUCCAGCAAAAGGCGGAUAAAGAGUUGGAGAGGGCUGUGGUUUGUCUGGUUUGUGGGCCGAGUGAAGUCCUCCCAAGAGAGGGUGGUGACGAUUGA